UUUUUCUCCGUCUUCUUCUUCCCCAUUAUGAUGCCCUAAUUUGCUGCGUAGGAGAUUACGUGAAGAGGAGACCGGCGUUUGUUUUUUUAGAAAAAUUGAAGCAGAUGUGGGAUUAUGGAUCGAAUUCUGAAAGCCGCGAGAACUUCCGGUUCUCUUAAUCUCUCUAAUCGCUCUCUAAGUGAUGUACCAGAUGAGGUUUAUAAAAUUACGGAUGCGGCCGGAGACGGUGAUAAGUGGUGGGAGGCGGUUGAGCUGCAAAAGUUAAUAUUGGCUCAUAAUAACAUUGAGUCAUUAAAGGAAGAUUUGAGACUUCUAUCUCAGCUUACUGUUUUAAAUGUCAGUAAUAAUAAACUCACAGCUCUUCCUACUGCUGUUGGAGAGCUGUCUAUGCUUAAAUCGUUAGAUGUGUCAUUUAAUAUGAUACUGAAAGUUCCUGACGAAAUCGGAUCUGCAACUGCUCUUGUCAGGUUUGAUUGUUCGGGUAAUAAGCUUAAGGAACUACCGAGUUCGCUUGGAAGAUGUUUGGAUUUAUCUGAAUUGAAGGCAUCAAAAAAUUUAAUUGCCAGCUUGCCUGAAGAUCUAGCAAAAUGUUCAAAAUUGACAAAAGUGGAUGUGGAGGGUAACAAGUUACAAGCUUUUUCUGGGAAUUUGAUGGAAUCGUGGACUAUGCUUAAAGAACUUAAUGCAUCAAAAAACUUGAUGACUGGGAUACCAGAUAACUUUGGGAGCCUUUCACGACUAAUUCGUCUCGACUUACAUCAAAAUAGAAUUUCAUCUAUCCCGCCUUCGAUAAAGGGUUGCUGCUCCCUUUUGGAAUUCUAUAUAGGGAACAAUUCACUGUCUACUUUACCUGCAGAGAUUGGGGAAGUUUCCCAAUUAGUAACUCUAGAUCUUCAUUCAAAUCAGUUAAAAGAGUUUCCAGCAGAGGGAUGCAAACUACAUCUUUCAGUCCUGGAUCUUUCAAAUAAUUCAUUGAGUGGAUUGCCCUUAGAGAUCGGCAAGAUGGCAACUUUGAGAAAAUUGCUGCUUAUUGGCAAUCCUUUACGAACUAUACGAAGCUCAUUGGUUUCUGGACCUACCCCUGCUUUAUUGAAGUUUCUACAAAGUAGACUUUCUGGAAAUGAAGAUUUUAAAGCUACUACUCCCCCAAAAGCAGAUGUUAUUGCCAUGGCAUCACGAUUAUCCAUCAGUUCAAAGGAACUGUCGUUAGCAGGUCUGGAUUUAAGUGCUGUCCCAUCACAAGUGUGGGAAUCAAGUGAAAUUGUAAAAGUUGAUCUUUCUAGAAAUUCUAUCCAAGAACUGCCAGUGGAAUUAUCUUCUUGUAUUUCUCUCCAGACAUUGAUUUUAUCAAAGAACAAGAUCCAGGAGUGGCCUGGGGCAGUUCUGAAAUUACUUCCUAAUCUUUCGUGUUUGAAGCUGGACAGUAAUCCACUCAGACAGAUUCCUUCUGAUGGAUUUGAAGCAGUCCCAAAGCUUCAGAUAUUGGAUCUUAGUGGUAAUCCAGCUUCAGUUCGCGAGCUACCAGCUUUUUCCAGGUUGCCUCAUUUGCAGGAGCUGUACCUAAGACAUGUUCAACUGCACGAAGUAACAUCAGAUAUUUUGAGCCUACAACAACUUCGUAUCCUUGAUGUGAGCCGAAAUUGUCUGCAAUCAAUUCCUGUGGGUUUCAAAGAUCUUUCCUCUCUUUCCGAGCUUGAUCUGUCUGACAAUAAUAUUUCAGCACUUCCGCCAGAGCUGGGCUUGCUUGAACCAAGCUUACAGGCCUUGAGACUUGAUGGAAAUCCAUUGAGAAGCAUCCGAAGGACAAUUCUGGACAGAGGAACAAAAGCUGUUCUUAGUUAUUUGAAAGACAAACUUCCCGAGCAGUAGUCUAUUACACUUUUACUCGCCUGUUCUGUUUUCUUCCUCAGUUUUAUUAUUAUUGUUACUGUUGUUGUUAUAAUAAUUAUUAUUGUUGUUGUUGUUGUUAUUUUGUAUUGUAUGUGAAAGCCUGAAGUUGAAAAAACUUUGUGCUUGUAAUUCCGAGUGUAACACAUUUGUAACAUACACGUAUGCAAGACUACACUUGCUGUUUUGCAUUAUGCAGCUUUUUGCUUGAAUGAUAUACAAUAGAAUGCAAUAUCAGAUUCAGAGUGCA